AUGUUCCAGGAUUUGAACAUGAUACUGGAUCCGGUGAACCUUGGCGUGCUCGCCCUCGUCUUUCUGGCGGCCCUCUUCUUUUGCUACUUUGCUAGGCAGGGCAGUGAUGAUGGCAAAUAUGAAAAGUUGGCCAAGGCUUCGUCGCGGAUCCUGGUCGAAAAGAAGGGCGCCGGCAAGGGCAAAUCGUUCAAGAGUAAGAAGGAGAACAAGAAGAAUGAAAAGCGCACGCCCGAGGUGCGUGCGGCCGCCCGCCUCGUUGAAGUGGUGGAUGUUGCGGUUCCGGAACUUGUCGAAAUGCCCGUGAAGAAGCCCGAGAAGCCCAACGAGAUGCCGGCUGUGGUCAGCGAGCCCGUGGUCCCUCCCGCGGUCAAAGAACCGACAAAGGUGGAAGAAGUUGCGGUCAAGGUCCCACAACCGGAACCCGAAACCAGAAGCAAGAAGAAAGCCAGCAAGAAAGAAAAGGGAGCAGCUGCUGCCCCUGUUGCUGAACAGACGGCUGCCGUGUCGAUAAAGCCAACGGAGGAACCGACAAAUGCUCCUGACGCUUCGGUCACUCCGGCUCCGACGAAGCCUGUCGAAGAUGUGAAGCCGAAGGCCCCUAAGAAGAAGAUUCCGACGAUGGCCGAGAUGAAUGAACAUACACUUCUCUCGCGUCUCUCUCAGCUUGACGAUCUCGAGCCUGUCUAUGUCGAAUUUCUCACGCGCUAUUUCAACGACAUCAAUGACAAUGCGGCCAAGUCUGCUAUUUCGAUCGGCGCUCUCGAGCAAAAGGUUGCCGAUGCGACGGCGAAGGCCGAUCAGCAGACCAAGGAACGGAAGGCCGCCCAGAAGGACUGUGCAGAACAGAAAGUCGUCACCAGCGAACUCGUCAAGAAGAUUGCUUCGCUCGAGGAAGAGGCCAUCACAUCCAGGCGUUUGCUGGCUGAUUAUAAGCUCAAGGAUGCCGCGUACGUGGAAAUUCAGACGAAAUAUGGCGAGUGCACCUCUGAGCUGACGGCUUUCAAACAGAACGAUGCCAACCAGAAGCGCCAAAUCCAAAAGCUGCAACAUGACCUCGAGGGAAACCAACACCAACUGGGAGCGGCCAUCGUCGAGAUGAAAAACCUUAGGGCGGCUGUUGUGGUUGGUGAGAAGGCGCAAAAGGACUUGGUGCAGGUUCGCGCCGAUUUGGCCGAGAAGAACGAAAAGCUCUCGAAGCUGACCAUCGAGUUCGAGGAGAUUCAAUUGCUUGCCCGUGACGCCGUCGCCAACCAGGAGCCUCUCCGUGCCGGAUUCCCCAUUUUCAACUUGGACUAUGGGACUGGAGGAGCCUCCGAAAGCAUUGCGAACGAUAGCCACGCUAUGUCAGAGAUUGAGAAGGAAAUGGCUGAGAAAGAAUCUGCCUGGAUGAUUGAGAGGAUCGACCUCCAGGACAUCAUCAUGCGCCUCCAGCAGCAAAUCUCUGAAGAAAGGGCCCACUGGGAGCAGGAGCAGCCACAGAAUCUGCCGGAAGACAGCGCCGAGGUGCUGGAAUUGAGGAAGAAGAUUGUCGCGCUGGAAUACGCCAAUGAGAAUAGCGGAAUUGUUCGUUUGGAGAACGAUGUCCUGAAGGGCACCAUCGACAACCUCAAGGUGGAGAUCGAGCGCUCGAAGGAGUUGUGGGCUAAAAAUGUGGCGGAUGCUGAGAUGCAGUUCGCAUCUGCUGCCGGAGAAAUCGCCGAGCUGAAGAAGAUCAACGCCGAUCUCGCUGGCUCUACCCCCUCGCUGUCCAACGAUGAGCUUGCACGUCUUCGCCAUGAAAAGGAACACCUUCUCGCCAAAAACGAGGAGCUGCGCGCCCGUAAUCAGACACUUGCCGGGCACCUGAUCGAGCUGCAGAAAUGUUCGAUGCGCGACAUUCCUCCGGUGGUUUCCGUUCCGCAGGGCCCUCCCGGACUCCCAUCGAAAUGCGACAACUUGCAAAUGGCACCUGCCAGCGGACCUGCGGCCAUCUCGCCGCCGCCGUUGUCUGCCGACUCGACGAUCUCGUCGGAUUCCACCCCGCUGAACACUGUCGUCCCCGUGUUGUGGUCGGAUCCGGGGGCUGUGAAGUCUGACAAUCCCGACCCGGUGAUGUUGCCGUUGCUGAAAUCGGCCGCUUCGAGCCCAUCAUCUGCAUCGUUAAACGCUCUGGCCAAGUUUGAGCAGCUCUGGGAUGCACACUCGUCGAGGGUCGAAGAGACCGCCGCCCAGCUGGAGAAGCAGUUAUCGGAUCAC